UCCCUCUCAAGUCUCAACCCGACACAAUAUAAAUCCGCCUCAACCCCAAAACCACCUCUCCCGCCAGGAAUACCAUCGCUUUCUCAUUCCAGGGCUCCUCCUACACGCCAAAACCCUAGCCCCACGCUCGCAGAUGACCAGCUAAUCAUCUACACUCACUCACUCUCCAGGCUCCCACUCAGCACUAUUUGGGGUUUAAGAUCAGUCUGUAAGUCAUGGCUAUCUCUUACUUCCAAUCCUCGUUUCAUCAAAUCUCAACUAUCUAGAUCAACUGAUAACAUUUUCUCAUGGCUUCCUGAACUAGUUGUCUACAACAUUUUCUUAAGCCUUAAUGUCAAGGAUCUUUCACGAAUUAAAUCGGUGUGUAAAUCAUGGCUGUCGCUUAUUUCUUGUCGUCAUUUUGUUAAGACCCAUCUUGCAAAAUUCAGUGAUGACUCUCACUUAACUCAUCAUCGACUGAUGUUUUGUAAUGCGCCUUUUAUUACCCAUGAGUAUCGCCCUUAUGUUGAUUUUAGUGUUCGCGGUGGAGAGCUUGUUCUCACGGGCUGUUCUGUGCAUUCUUUGAUUAAUGGGGAGGUUACGAAGUCGGAUAAGCUUUACAAUCCUGUGAAAGAUAUGGAUAAUUGGACUUAUGUUGUUGGGUAUUGCAAUGGGUUGGUUUGUUUGGCUUGUUUUGAUGGUAGUGUGUUCUUGUGGAACCCUUCCACCACAGAAUCGACAAGACUGCCAAAAUAUGGAAUUCCGCAUACAGUGUUUGGGUUCGGGUAUGAUGAGCGGAAGGAUGAUUAUAAGGUCUUUACAAUCAUUGGUGAUCGGGAGAAUAAAGUUUCGGUUUAUAGCUCAAAUUCUGGUUGUUGGAGAGUGAUAGGAGAGUUUCCCUUUGGGAAAUUAUCUUUCGAGACGUGUAGGGGGCAGUUUGCAUUUGGAGCUUUGCACUGGCUUGUUAAUCAAGGGGAUAGGCGUAAGGAUAUUAUUGUUGCUCUUGAUAUGAACACAGAGACGCACCGAGAAGUUCUGCAGCCAGAUUUUGGAGAAGAUGUGUAUGAUUUGACAUUGGGCACUCUUGGCAAUAGCCUUUCUGUAGUUUGUCAAUAUAAAUCUGGUGCUGAUAUAUGGGUAAUGAAGGAACAUGGCGUGGCAGAAUCUUGGACAAAAUUGUUCACCUUCUGGAUCCCGGUUGAUCUCCCAUGGAAACCAAGAAUAAGACCGAUCUGCAUGCUUGUAAAUGGUGAUGUUAUAAUGCUUUCAGACUUAACCAUGAUACUGUUCAACCCAGGUACAGAAGAAAUCCAGAUGCUGUUUGACACGUGGGAGAAUCCGUCAUACAACAUUUUCAAGAGUUCAAUGUGUACUCUUAUGUUGAAAGCCUAGUUUCACCCCCAAAACUAAAUACACUUCCUAUCCCAGUUUCACGCCAAAUCUGAACCAAAGUUUGCAGCCAACAACAUCCGAGAAAGAAGGUCCUUAUAUUCGCCUUUGAGCUUUUAGUUGUUCUGUGUUUAUUUUGCAUUAUCCACUAUUAAUUUUCAGUAGUCUGACUCUUACUAUUUUGCAAUUUAAAUGAUCAUACCUGAAGUUGAUGAUCGUACUUUAUAAUGAAACUUACAUCAUGUUAAAUUUAUUCUUCUUCUUUGGAUAAAUUGGGCAUGUCUAUUUGAUUAUGCUGCUGUCUCAGAGAACCAUAGUACUAUACGACCCUAAGUUAAAGGAUCUGUUAAGCACCCCUUUGGACAAUCCUUAUAUGCAUACUCAUACUUAAAGAGCCUAGUGCAGCCUACCUUUAAGCUAAAGCUUGCACACAAUGGUUGGUGACAUAAGGUCCAUUAAGUUAUAUCUUGUCAUUUGUUUUCAAAUCACACCUUGGAGUUUUCUGUUAUCUAGUGAUGCUAGCCACGAUUGAUUUUGCAUCUCUGUUGUCAUUGGUAUUAUCCUUAUUGGUCUAUAAUUUCAAUUUGUAUAUACUCACCUUUGCAUUUGUUGCCUAUAAAAUAUGUAACGACUCAAAUUUAUUAAAUGACGCUACUUAUUUGUUUUCCUGAUACCGUUCUGCUUAAAGGGUAGAGGAAAGUUGUUUCCAUUUGAAUAUAAUGUUGUGCUUGACUGGUUGAAUGUAUUUUGUUCUGGUGGAUCUUAGAGAGCAUGGUCUAGUUAGGCAAAUUCCUGCAAAGCUUGUUAGGUUUACAGUAACUGUUUUUAUAUGACCUAUCGAUUAAAAGCAUCAUAACUUAUGACAUUGUUGAAUAUGAUCGGAGGCUUAUUCUUCCAAAUCCUUUGAAUAUGACAGUUCGAAGGAUCUUUCUGGCUGUCAUAAGUUUGUAAUUGUCUUGUGGUAGUUUGCGGAGCACUGUGAUGAUUUUUUCCAGUAGCUCUUGGGCACUUACUGGGGUUUGCUUGUUUACGUAAUUCUGCACAAAAUAAAGAAUCAUGUGGCUUUUACAUUUACCAAACUGGUUGAUCAGUUAAAUACUAAAAACUUAAUCCACAGGAUGUAACUUCAAUUAUCCAAAUUGGUUGGUCAUAUGGUCUAUUUUGCUACGUUUGGGAGCUAUGUUGUCAGAUUUUUUGAUCCAUUUUCUCUGCUAUUUUUUUGUGCCGCUAUUAAAUUUACGACGCCAUUAAGAUAUCUACGAAGUACUUGUGCUUGCAGGUGUGACAUCAAAAUAAUUCAAAAUUUUGGUGACUGCAUCCAUUAUAUUAUUCUAAUUAAUUCACUUUUUUGUAUUUUUUUCAAAAAUUUCCUCCUCAAGGUUGAAGCAUGGAGAAAGAGUGCAAAUAGCUGUAGUUUGACACGAUCAAUAUCUGAACCAAUUUCUGUUUCUAGUUAAAUAAAAAGGCGAGAUUCAUGAAGUUGUAGUCGAAUUUGAUGGCAAAGGGUGUGCGGAUUGAAUGCCCUUUUAGGCUUUUUGUUGGUUCUUUAAUCAAUAUACAUUUUACCGAACUAUUAAAUUUUGUUCAUUCUCUAGUAUUGACUGAAAUCACAAAUUAAUUUCGUUUAUGCUCGUCGCAAUGAUUUACUUGUAUAUGGUGGCUUCGUAAUUUUGGCAAUUCUGGUUGCUAGUUAACCUUUACUUCUACAAAUCUUGAUUUUGAUGCUAUUACACAUAUCCUCCUAAAUCUGUUAUGUUUGCUUUGUUUUUUGAGUAUUUUAUCAGCUGAAUGUGUUACAGUCUAGGAAACGGUGGAAGCGGGUUAAUGAUGGCGAUAAUAAGAUUGUUUCUACUG